UCGCAAUUACUCUGUGCACAGACGUCACAAACUUUGCCUCUGAUAACAAGGUUGCACUUUCGGCAAAAAUAGAAAAUAGAAAAAUGGCGCACGUCCAAAAAACAGUGUCAGAUUUGUCUAAAGAUGAGACUGAAGUGAGUGCAGGCGGUCAGAACGGCAUUGACAGUAGGAACGGUGCAGGAAGUACCGGUAGUGGUGCGGUCAUAGGUCCGUCGUCCUUUGUGUUUGGUGAAAAUAUGGAAAGCCGUGUUCUGAAGAGACCUGCUGAGGAACAACUUGACAGGAAGACUACUGAGCAAACAGAAGAUGAGAGCGACCAGAAGAAAGAUGAGCCAGGUGAAUUCCCCAAGGCUCACUCGUCUGUCCUGGCACAAAGACCCAUCUUGUUUGCAGGAUCUGCAAAGGAUGCAAAAACGGACAAAGAAGAAGCAAAGUCUGGUUUCAAGUUGAAUCCACCUACAUUGGUCCAUGGUAAGGCCAAGCCAGCACCCAAAACUUCAACAGGUGCUGAUGGGGACGGGGCCAGCUCUGCCAAGCCCUUACUACGCCCCUCUCCGCUCUGCCACUCAUCACCACACUGGGCUACCCUCGCUGCAGUCGCCACUGGAGGAGCCUUCAAAACGAAAGCUUCCUCACAUCAUUUCUCCUCUUCUUUUACUAAAUGCCAUUGGAAAGGGAAAGAUGGGAGACAACGGAAUCCAGAAGACGGCUCAGUUGAGGUGUCCUCAUCCUCCGCCUCCACAGAAGCCACGGACCCGCCCCCGAAGAAGGAGAGCGGCGCGGAGGCCAGCGCCGCUCCCAAUGGCAAACCUAAGACGAAUUUCUUCAUCAAGCUGUCCUCCAGCGAGACCAACAGGGACACGGGUUUCGGCGUGUUCGGCAACUUCUCCAACGCCAACGUGGGCUUUGCCAAGACCCAAGACCACAACGGCACCACCAAUGAGAACUACUUCCUGCAGUUUGCCAAAGUCGACAGCAGCAGCAGUAAAGAAGAAGGUACAGAGAGUCCAAAGGGUCUGUCUAACUCUGGCAACAAGGGUCUGUCUAACUCUGGCAACUCAUUUGUCUUCGGUCAGAAAAUGGGCGAAAGAGUAAAGGGUUCACAGCUGACAGAGGAGUCCCCAUCAGGCCCUCCGGCCCAGUUUGGUACAGAGCUCAGUCCCACAUUGUCUGCCAAGGAUGUUUCAACUGAUGGUGAUUCACCAGGAAGAUCACAAGAGCCAACCAACAAGUCGCUACUGGAGAGUGCCAGCGCCUACGAGCAAGCCAAGAAGAACUCAGAGGUGACGUUUGCCAAGGUGGACAGCAGGACAGGGGAGGAAGAUGAGGAGAACGUCUUCCAGGCCCAGUGUAAACUCUUUGUCUUUGAACCUGUGAAGCACACCUGGCACGAGCGCGGCCGGGGUUUGCUACGACUCAACGACCUGGUGCCAUCGUCUUCAGAACAGUCCUCUCUCCAGUCCAGACUAGUGAUGCGCACGCAGGGUAGUCUACGAGUGGUCCUGAACACCAAGAUAUGGAGUGGGAUGACGAUAGAGAAGGCUUCCCCUAAGAAUAUACGUCUGUCAGCCAGGGACGGGGAGAGUGAUACUAUCAAAGUGUUCCUGGUCUCGGCCUCCCCGAAAGACGCAGAACAAAUCUACCGUGCCAUCGAGUACCGGGUGCAGGAGCUGAAGUACGCCGAGCAACAGCAAGCCGAGAAAGCUUCCGAGGUGGGCGGGGUCAAGACUGAAGAGGGGGAGGAGGAGACAGAAGCCAAAGAUGAAGACGAUGACAGCCGCGACGGCAAACAGACGAGUAAGGCCUCAGCGGUUCCCGUCGGAUCGGGCGACAGCGAUGAUUCCGUGUCUCAGUCAAACUCGGCUCUCACAGACAGAAGUUCUCCCGAGCUCACUGAUCCUCGCGUUGAAGGGAAUCCCCAGACUCCACCUGCCAGCAAUUAAGAGACACACAUAAACAUUCUUCACCCACAAGGCUAAUCUAAACUUUUUGGGAAGCUGUUGCCUGUGGUUGAGCACUUGAAGGAUGCGUCAUCAUGAACUGGGCGGUAGAGUUUUCCCUGAGCAGAGAACGGGAAGGACUUAUAAAGCACUGUAAAACUUAAAAACAUAUUUUGUUUGAGAGUAAAUUUGUUUUGUGGUCUUAAAAUUGGAGGUCACCGACUGUGUAUGAAAGUGAUGUCACGCAGCCAUCAAUAAAAAGCGUGUGUACAGAGAGGAGGCGAGGCAAAAUCGGCCAAAUAGUGCCCUCUGUUCGGAAAAAAAAAUGUGUAGCCCUCAUUCUAUUUUCUUUUAUGACGCUCACAAAAUUUUGGAAGUGGGAACUUCCAGUGAUCAAGUUGAAUUCAGUCGCAGAGGAAUGAAGAACAGACGCCAAAGUUUGGAGAAUUUGCUCAAUUUACGUGACGUCUCCUCACAUGGGACAAAAAGGGAACAUGGAAACCAGUCAGGUGGAUACCAGUCAAUAUGGAGAAUGUUGCUAGAUCACAUGGAGUAUCAGGAGGCAUCGUGAUUUCAGGAGAUGGAAAAGGCAAAAGUCUUCGCAACUGCCAGCCAGCCAGCCUGGAUGAUUUUCUGACUACGAAUCGUCUUUUUGAAGAAGAGGCACGGUCUCCAGUGAAAUCCAGACUCUGGAAUGAAAUUCUUGACAACUUGGGGAAGUGCAGACCUGAAUUCAGAGUCACUGGAGAAGACGACAGCUGUCAAACGUGGCAUUCAAGACCAAGCGGCUUCUGAUUGGUUGCAAGGGAUGCUACCCGUCACGUGAUUGGUGGACUUAAAUUUGUGAAACUUGUGUGAGACUAUUCUACGGCUUCUGUGAUAUACAUUGUCGUUUUUGUCAUCUUUAUCGUCUUUAUCAUGUAACUGAAAGGCAUAAUUCUACAGUUGAAAUCAAGGAAUUUCAACAGGAAAAUUAUCGGAAAGAGCUCGGAAAGAUUUAUGACCAGAAAUGGGAUUUGAUCAAGAAUUUGGGUUUUUUUUUAAUUUCCCGUUCAUUCCAGCUCCAUUGGCACAAAAUGAUAACUCUGAUUGAUUUCAACUUGUACUUUUAUUCCAUGAAUUCAGCAUCAAACUUAGCACAGUGUUUAGGUUUCAGAUCUAAAAUGUACCCACCGACUUUUCAGUACACGUGCAUACCGCGCAGAUGUCCCUGAUUCAGGAUAUGAAGAUGUUCCGUGCCGAUAAAAAUAGCAACGAAUGCGUUUGCUUCCUUGAGAGUACAUCAAAAAAAAUCAAAAGGGUUGGAAUGUGUGUGCGCAUCCUGUACAUGUGUAGCUCGAGAUUUCACUGUACAUGUAGUUACUUUAUGCAUAAAAAAAAUAACCGUUUU